CUGAUGUCUGCCAGACUAUAAAAUGGGGGGUCGGCCCCUAGUCACCCACAGCGCCCUCCUGCCCGCCUGCCUGUCCUCCAGCAGGAAGUAGCAAGUCCCCAGGUUUUUGCAGGUGGGAACCAUGUCUCAGGCUGCAAAGGCCGCCACGGCCUCAGCCACCACGGCGGUGAACCCAGCGUCCGAUGGCAAGGGAAAGGGGACCUCACCCACUGCACCAGCCUCAGGCCCCGGUCCUGCCCCGGCCCCGGCAUCCGCGCCCACACCCAGUGCCAAAGCAGGGGACCUGCCUCCUGGGAGCUACCGGCUGGUGGUCUUCGAGCAGGAAAACUUCCAGGGCCGUCGGAUGGAAUUCUCCGGGGAGUGCCCGAACCUGGGAGACCGUGGCUUCGACCGAGUGCGCAGCCUCAUUGUCACCUCGGGGCCCUGGGUCGCCUUUGAGCAGUCCAACUUCCGCGGGGAGAUGUUCGUCCUGGAGAAGGGAGAGUACCCGCGCUGGGACACGUGGUCGAGCAGCUACCGCAGUGACCGGCUCAUGUCUUUCCGGCCUGUCAAGAUGGACUCCCAGGAGCACAAGAUCUGCCUAUUUGAAGGUGCCAACUUCAAGGGCAACACCAUGGAGAUCCAGGAGGAUGACGUGCCCAGUCUCUGGGCCCAUGGCUUCUGUGACCGCGUGGGCAGCGUGAAGGUCUCCAGUGGAACCUGGGUCGGCUAUCAGUAUCCUGGCUACCGCGGGUACCAGUACCUCCUGGAGCCUGGCGACUUCCGGCACUGGAAUGAGUGGGGGGCCUUCCAGCCACAGAUGCAGUCCGUGCGCCGCCUGCGUGACAGGCAGUGGCACCGUGAGGGCUGCUUCCCUGUCCUGGCCACUGAAGUCCCCAAGUGAGUCGACGCUUCAUUGCACACCCUUGCCGCACCCCAUCCUCAGCCUCAGUUUCCCCAUCUUUCCCAUGCAAAUAAAAGUUCCUAAAGCCAAAA